AUGAGUGCCGUCACACAAUUCUUUAAACGCGUCCUCUAUGGCCUCAUCCUAGGCGCCACCUCAGGUGCUCUAGCAGGCAUCCUCUUAGGUAUUGUCCUAGGCCUCAUCAUUGGUGUUAUCCUGGGCGUGGUCCUGGCAAUCCCUCUAGCACUCCUCGCCGCCAUCGUCUUAGGUCUGAUUGCAGGGGCCAGUGAGGGCGCUGUCGAGACUGUGGCCAAUUUGCUUAAGCAGGCGAGGGAUUCUGUGUUAAACCUUAUUAAUUUUGGACUGGGUCUCUUGGAGGGGCCCCAGAAGAGGGAAUGA